CCUUGAUCUCUUCUUGUCCGCGACAACCCCUCAACCGACCUUUCUGCUCCCGUGGACUUCGUAUUUUCUCUGAUUAAUCUUUCACGAUGUCUGAGCCCAUCAGGAAUAAGAAGGCGGAUUUCCCUGUCGCCCCGACACCGCAAAAUACACCAGCCAACAAUGCUCCUAUCUCUUCUCAUGCCCAGCAACCCGGGGUUGCGAGCAUCAAAGAAGAAACACUUGACCAUGCCGCAGGCGUCUCCCUGUUGGCUGGAGACCCCCGCCUUGUUUCUAUGAUUCAAGGAAAACUGCAUUCGCUUGUUGGCCGCUCCUCAGGCUAUAUUGAAUCGCUCCCAGCUUCGGUCCGUCGGCGCGUCGCUGGACUGAAAGGUAUCCAGAAAGAGCACGCUCGACUGGAAGCCCAGUUUCAAGAGGAGGUUUUGGAGCUCGAAAAGAAGUACUUUGCAAAAUUUACCCCUCUUUACGAGAGACGCUCUACUAUUGUAAAUGGAGCCGCCGAGCCUACUGAGGCUGAGAUUGAAGCGGGCGAGGAAGAGGAAGAAGAUAAUGAUGAUAAGGAAGGGGAGGAUGAGGAUUCUAAGAAGGACGAGGAGAAGGCUCUUCCAGUAGCUGGAAUUCCAGAAUUCUGGCUCUCCGCUAUGAAGAAUCAGAUCUCUCUCGCAGAGAUGGUUACUGAGAAGGAUGAAGAGGCCCUUAAGCAUCUUGUCGAUAUCCGCAUGGAAUAUCUUGAUCGUCCAGGAUUCCGACUAAUUUUUGAAUUUGCUGAAAACGAGUUCUUCACCAACAAGACCAUUUCGAAGACAUACUACUACAUGGAGGAGAAUGGUUAUGGUGGCGAUUUCGUUUAUGACCAUGCCGAAGGCACUAAGAUCGACUGGAAAGCCGACAAGGAUCUCACUGUUCGUGUGGAGAGCAAAAAGCAGAGGAACAAGAACACGAAGCAAACUCGUGUUGUUAAGAUUACCGUGCCAACGGAGUCUUUCUUCAACUUCUUCGCCCCUCCCCAACCCCCGAAAGAUGAUGAUGACACAGUUGCCACCGAUAUCGAGGAACGCCUUGAGCUGGACUACCAGCUUGGAGAAGAUAUCAAAGAGAAGCUCAUCCCCCGGGCCAUUGAUUGGUUCACUGGCGAGGCUCUUCAAUUUGAAGAGUUAGGUGAGGAUGUGGAUCCCGAUGACUAUGAAGGGUUUGAUGAAGAUGAUGAGGAUGACGACGAUGAGGAUGACGACGACAGACAGUCUGCGGAUGUCGAUGACUCUGAUGAAGAGGAUGGUACCUCCAAGCCAAAGAUGGAAGCUGCUGAGUGCAAACAAAGCUAAAAAAAAAACGGUGGUUUAAGACUGCAACAUGCGGCGGAAGAUGCAAGCCUGGAUCCAUCAUGCACCAGUUUACUGUUACGGGCUUGUAGCAGCGACUUCCAUUUUCCAUUAUCUGUGUUCCUCAGACUGCUCUUUUCAAUACUUUCUAGCUUAUCUAAUUU